AUGCCGCGCAGAAAAGCCGCCGACCGUACGGGACCGGUGAAAACCCGGUCUCGUAGCGGCUGUCGAGAAUGCCGAGCUAGUCGAGUGAGAUGUGAUACAAAAAAACCCGUUUGCACGCGGUGCUGGCAGAAAGGACUGCCAUGCUCUACCAACCUGGAGCUCAAGUGGGAGUCCGAGUUUGCCAGUCGCGGCGUGGCUUUCGGGCGUGCGGGAGUCUGGAAUAAAACCCGACCAGACGGCACACAACUUUCUCCAGAGUCUUCGGAUGAGACGCGCCAGUGGUGCCUAGUACCACAAAUACAGCCAUGGGGAUUCGUCAACAGCGGAGUAGGCACAUUCGAGAAUCCCUAUGAGGUGGAUGUAGUCUCGAAUGAACAGCAUGAUGUUUCCUUGGCUUAUCGCACUGUGCCGAGAAACGCCCUGAUCUUUCCAGCGCUUGAUGCCCGUCCCUCACCAGCCAUAUCACUGUUCCCGCAGGCGACGCAUCUUGGUCAUGCGGAGCUUCUUGACUACUACCUCCAGCAGGUGUGCCCUCGUACGAGUGCCAGUACGACCAUGUCAUCUCCAUUUGCCUCUGUGAUCCUGCCUUUCAGCCUAUCUGCAUCGCCGACACUAUUCAAAGCUAUUCAAGCGCUAGGUGCAUGCCACUUGUCUCGAGCUAACCCCUCAUACGCUCCUCUUGGCCUUCGCUUGAAGUCUGAAACAUUGAGGGAUCUUCGACGCCGGCUUUCCAAUGAAGGGUCCCUGACAUGCUCUGCGGACCCCGAAGUGCUAGUGAUCAUGAUGAUGCUGUGUCUCUACGAGAUUGCCGACAAAUGUGACCAACAAUGGACCAUCCAUCUCAAGGGCGCCAAAGAUUUAAUUCGACUGAGAAGGCAACGGGCUCUCACACCUCCGCAAACACCGGAUGCGUCCCACCCAGUCUCUGCCUUUGCUGAGCAUUUCUUUGCUUUCCAAGAUGUCAUGGGCCGAACUGCUUGUGCCAAAGAAGUGUUGUUUGGAAACGACUACUGGAGAGCGGAUGAUCGCAAUAUCGAUCUGUGGAUGGGAUGCAGUCCCGAGCUCGUUUCUGUUCUUACCAUCAUUACCGAUAUGAGCCGUGAUCGCCGACAGCUGAAUUCUGAUGUCGAUCGAGAUAUUUUCAACCAACGUGCAGCGUCCAUUGAAAACCAACUUGAGAAUUUGAUACAGGAAGUUGGAGACGGGGACGGGGAUGAUGAUGCCCUCGCAUCCGCUGCGGAGGCCAAGCGGCUAGCCGCCCUGCUUUACUUGCACUGUGGGUUGUAUGGAGCCAGUCCCAAGACACCACUGGUAGCGGACUAUGUGCAUCGGAUUCUUCAGUUGCUAUCGGAACAGUUAGAUCGUGGUCCUUUGGUCAGUGUGACAUGGCCUCUCUUUGUUGCAGCCGUUGAGCUCGAUCCAUCGCACGAUGAGCUUUGGUUUGCCCCCAAUAACCCUAUGUCUGGCCGGUCGAUUAUACUACGAGCCCUGGCCGCCAUGGGUAAAUCGACGAUAUCUAAUAUCGCUCGCACAAGAGCGGUGAUCACUCAAGUUUGGCAAGCUCGCGACCAGGAUUUGCUCAAAGCACCACAGAUGAACGGGCUCAAUGACUGGGAGUGGUAUGUCGUCCCCGUAAGCGAUUCUAUGAGCCUGGCAUGA